AUAUGUCAAUUUUUUUUUUCUGUAAUCUGUGGUUUGACAGAAAACAGUCAAAAGCGGUUGCCGGAUUGCAAAUUUUCUAUAAAUUUAAACAAUUUAUUAGUUCUCAUCGAAUAUUAGAAGUCUCAGAAUUCAGAUUUGUUACUGAAAUACAUAAAGCAAAUAAACAUUUUCGUAGCUACGAAAUCAAUUCAACUACGAACAAAAUGGCAGAAGCGAAUCAGGAACAACAAGUGAAGAUACUGAAGAGGCUUCUGGAGGGCUGGCGCAUGGCACUCUUGCCCUUAAAAUCUGUGCUUCUUUGGGAACAUCAAUGGCAUCCUUGCGCUAUAUUUGCAUCUGUGUCCAUUUUGUUUAUGACCAUAUGGCUUAUGGAUCUUAAUACUUUGGCAUCACUUGCAGUUGUUGGAUUGGUAUUAAACUUUGUUGAUUUCAUUGUUCCAAUAAUAUGCAAUACAGUUUAUGGGCCCACUGGUUGGACUGGGCAGAAGGAGAAGAUGUAUGAAGAUAUAUGCCGGAGUAUUGUCAUGAAUUAUAAUAAAAUAUUGGACCAAGUGAAAUCUUUCUAUUCCAUGAGGGAAAAUAGCCCUUCAAUGUACUACAUAAUCUCCAUCAGCAUGCUGUGCAUCCUGGCUUGGAUGGCCUCUACAAUAAACAAUGUAUUUUUAUUAUACAUAUUUUCUACAGUUGUAUUGCUGUGGCCGGGUAUCCAACAAAGGGGGAUCUUCAACACUCUUACAUCAUUAAUUUAUAAAGUACCAAAAAUUACUCAGAAAACAGAGUAAAGUUGCUUCCAGUCAGUAUUCCAAACUAGCUUUUUCACUUUAAAGGAUUUGUACCUUAUGAUCUCUUUUAUAUAUAUUUGUGAUAUUAAAUGAUUUAAACUGUUCCUUAGGUUCCUGUUAGAAUUGUGCCUUGCAUCUUAUUGCAUGGUCCUCAUUGCAUGAUUAUUGCUCAAGAUAUCAUAAUGUUAUGUAUCUUUAAAAUCAUAACAUAAACUGGAAUAUUAACAUGUUACAACUGAUUUGUAUUUACUUACAGUAAUACCAACUUAUGUCUUACAGGCAUAUAUUUUUAAAUGCUCCUAAUCAGAUUUAUGAUUUAAUUAUUUUAUUGUUUAAUAUUGCUAUUUGAUAUUUGGAGUAGCUCCAUUCGGGGCAUGGUUUCCUUGGUCUUAAAAGGUAUUUGUAGGAUAUAGUUUGUGUUCAUAUGACACUAAAAGUUACAAUAAUGUUAAGCGAGUGUGUAAGUCUCGUACAUAAAGGGUAGAUAAAAUGAGUUUUUAGUGUCAUACCAGUGUUUUAUGAGUUUAUAUCACAUUCCAACCAUAUUAGUGGAUGACUGCAAUACAAUAAUGGAAAAUAUAUGCUUGAUUAGUUAAACCUAUAGUUAUUUGAAGUAUUUACUAGUGUUUUACCUAUUUAGCUGAAGUGUAUGUUAGUGCUUAUGCACGCAAUAUAUCUUUUAAGUGGUUUUUGAACCUUGUCGGCGCUGACGCCACACGUUCGCUUUAAUAUGAAUGUUUUUAUCAAUGCACGUAUGUAAGACGUUCACCUUAAGAUAAAAUACAGUUGAAAAAAAUUAUGUUGCUGGUAUCGAUUAAUAUGAUAAAAAUAGCUGUUAUCUAUUUAUGAAAAAAGAAUUAUUGAAAAAUACAAAGCAGAGUUAACUAGCGUGGGAGUUUGCGAUGGGUUUUUACGGCGAUUUCUCAACAAGUCGCGCCCAAUUGUGUCACAUUGUGACUCGUUGGGAACCGAAAAUUUUCACACUUAUUUAUUUUUAUGGGUGAUAAUGAUAGGUAAAUUAUUCUGGUAUUCCAUGAAUCCCCAUCGACAAUCCUUUUAAUAAGUUUUGCCUUUACCGCGGAGCUAUUCACUAUUAAAACACUGGGCCAGAGUCUGUCGCGUACGCCCUAAAGCGAGCGCCGCCAGCAACCAACAACAACACUGGUCGAACGCGAGUUCCUUUCGAACGAUUGGUUACACAAUGAAUGGCCUCUUGAAAUUAUUGAAAAAUGCCAUUAAUACCAUAAUUUUUUCCAAUCUUAAUGGAAGAACCGACGUUGAGCGUUUAUGUACGGUAAAGAUAUCUUUAAAAUUGUGGUGGAUAUUAAAUAGAAACUGUGACGUUUCUCUGUUGUAGCGUCUGCCAUUAUAGUACAAUUGGUUUUAAAGAGUUUUAAAAAGUAUCCGUAGUUUUAUUGUUUUAUAAUAUUGUGAUUUAAUGGUCUGGUCAUUGUUUUAAGUUUAACUUAGCUUAUUCAUUGUGAGCUUUAAAGUAUAUUGGGUUAAAUUAAAAAGAAAUUUAAUAUAA